UAAAAACACUAAUGCCAAGCCGAAAGAAGUCAAAGGAGAUCGGAGAAAUUUGAACUAAAAUGUUGUUUUUGUAAAAUAUAGACACAUAUAUAUAUAUAUUUUAACAGUAUUUAACAAGACAAUGCGUCGUCAAAAUGCAUUUUAAUAAUCCAAAACGACUUAAAUAUUCGCAACAGAGGAAAUAAAGCUAGCUUGUUUUGGUGUAAGUACGCUUUGUGUGAAGUGGAGAGAUGAUUUGAGUAACUUAUAUUGUACUUAAAACGCAUACAGGUUACAUUUGUAUAAUCAUAAAUGGCUGGUUACAUUAUAGAAGUCAGUAAUGUUUUUCAAUUUUAAUCUGUAAUAAUUAUUGCGAGCACGAUACAGCACGUUCGUGACAUUUUCGUGAUUUUAUUAACAAAAUUAAUAAUAAAGUUAGAGAUAUGUUGUAUAUAUUUUUGUACUGGUAUAACAAUACUCAUUAUAUGUCACCUGUCGAAUUUCAACUACAGUCGUUAUAUGCACAUGUAUAAUUUGCUGAGUAAACAUCUAACCGAAACGUAAUAAUGUCAGUCGCGGCCAGUGAUUGUGUAAUGACAGAUGAAGAACUGGAAGAUUUGGGUGAAGAUGGAAUCUCAGUAGUUACUUAUGAAUCUGAGACUGAAAAGAAACCAAAGAAAAAGAAGACUUCUCAUAAACCACCCCGAUCUCCAAAAUCUCCUUAUCUAUCAAACACAUACCUGCAACCAAAAAAAGCUGCAGUUUGGAGAUCAUUAAAAGGCACUGGGACAAUGCAUGUUGAAAAUCCUUCAUCUAGAGUACCCAGGGAGCUGUGGCUUGCAUCACUUAAAAGUGGACUUGCUCUGACACAACCCCUUAAAGCAGAGUAUGACUUUACACAAGCAAGGCUUGCCUCGACUACCGGCACCCCAGAAUACUUGAAAGAGGCUCUUGGAAUGAAGAAACCAAAACACUCCCGCUCUUCUAGCAAUGGAUAUGUUCCUGGAACCCCUGACUACAAAGAGAAAGAGGACAUGUAUGACGAGAUCAUUGAACUCAAGAAGAUGUUACAAACUCAGAAAUCAGAAGCUGACAUUAUGAAAACAAAACUGCGCCGUCUGGAGGAAGACAACAGCAAAAAGGAAAAGCAAAUUGAACAGCUUCUCGAUCCUUCCAAGGGUUCUGAAUUUACAAGGAGUUUGGUUGACAAAAAGAAGGAUUCAAGUGUGAUCACAAAUGGAUUAAAGCAGAAGAUUCUGAAGUUGGAGCAGCAAUGCAAAGAAAAGGACCAUACAAUUAAUAAACUGCAAACUGAUUUAAAGACAACAAAUACAGAAGAAAUGAAGAUAGCAAUGGAGACUUACUACGAGGAGAUUCAAAGGCUUCGUAUUAUGCUGGCCAAUAUGGAAUCUGCAGAGAAAAAAUCUGAGAGUAAAGAAGCCCAGAAACAACAGAAGGUGCUAAACUCCACCAUCCUGAGAUUAUCUAAAAAUAUCAAACAAAUGCAGGAAGAAAAUAAAUGUCUGAAGGAGGACCUGGCUAGAGCAAUGGAUAGCCCUUCUGCUUCAGCCAGAGGUUAUAAUGACUGGAGCAAACCAAGGCUGGUGAGACGAAUCACUGAGUUAGAAAGACUUAAGUCAAAUUCCCAGAAAGUGGACGAAGUGGAGAUGGAUAGUUCCAACCAAGCCAGCAGUGCUAGAUUGACUGUUGCUUUGGUGUCAACGAGUGCAGAUCAGUCCAAUCAGACAGCUUCGUCAACUCUCAAAGGAUUAGAGCCUCAGCAGGAGUGUGAGCGCCUUCGAGGGUUGGUAAAGAAACUGAAAGAGGAUCGCACUGACCUGCAGAAACAGCUUGCUGGAAAACUGACUGAGAUAAAACUCCUGAGUGGUGAGAAAGAAGAGUUAACAAAAGAAGUUCAGAGACUGAAGUCAGUUGGAAAUGAGAAAUCCUUUUCAGAGGCUAAGGAGAAAAUAGAGAAACUGACACAAAAAGUAAAACGACUCGAAGCAGAGCUAGAGGAUGAGAGAAGAAUCAAAGAAGACUCUUUGCAUACAUCUAACAAGAGCCAGAGGAGAGCUUCUUCCUCUCAGGAUACUGGGUGCAGGUCCCAUGUCAGUCCUGAACAGGAUCAGGGAAACACACGAUCUCAACCCUCGUCAGCACGCUCUGAACAACACCAAAAACAGAAGCAGGAUAAGGCGGCCCGGACCAUACAAAAAUACUGGCACCAGCAUAAGGACAAGAAUGAAUCUGAAGGUUCAGAUGAGGACACUGUUGUCAUUCAGUCUGCUUUGAGAGGACAUUUGACCCGGCAAAAGCAAUUAACGAGCCUUAAAGAUUUAGAAGAACACAAACCGUUCAAGAGUCAGCACGCAGUGAGAAGUAGCAGUGCUCACAGCUUGUCCCCAGCUGAUGAAGACGGAGACGAGGCUGUGACGUUACUCCAGUCUGCAUUCAGGGGUCACCUUGCACGUUCUGGACAGCUCAGCAGCCGGUCGUCUGAUUCCAAUGUGGUUCAUGGGAGUGGAAGGAACAGUCCCAGGAAAAGCCCUGUUUCUUCUAGAAAGCAGAGCAUAGUACCUUCCCCAGCACCCAGGAGCAGACCCACCCAGACUCCCUGCAAAAAUCCAACAGGUUCAGGUCUUUUGAAAGCUGCAGCGAUUAGUGAUGAUGAAGAGAUAGAAGAAGAUCUAACAGUGGUUACUGGUGAUGAAGAUGAAGAAGAGUUAGAGACAAAGGGAUUGAAAAUGCAUGCAACCCCAUCCAACAGGAGGCUUUCCCCAGCACAAUCUAGCCAGAGCCAGUCUAAGGCUAUCCUUGUUCAGCCAUCUAAGGACGAUGACUCGGAAGACUCUGAUGACAUCAUUGUUUCACCAUCACGGCCUGUCAGACGAAAAGACUCGUACUUUUAGAAAGAAUGUUUUAAAGGGUGAUUCAGAAUGUUGGUGUAUUGAGCUGUAUUGCGUGGUUUUAUAAUGAAGUUACUCACUGUUAGUGUUAGUUACUCUGUUAAUUUUUUUUUUCUUCGCCUUCACCUUUCCAGUCAUUCCCUAACCAGUAAUUCACAAAUCGUCUAGACAGAAAUGCAAAUGUCAAAUCUAAUCACCUGUGUUAUAGUAUGUCUUGCUUUUGUGCCAGCUGUUAUCUAGUCAUUAGGUAAGAUGUGUAUGUGUUUGAGUGAGGAGGGUGGUACGUGUGGAUUUACAGCAGGUGCAGAAAAUAGUGAAAUUCCUACUUAUGACAUCCUCCGUAUGGAGCAACAGACAUGGUAAUACUUUUGGAUGCAUGUACCUUUAAGAGAAACACCUUGUUAACACUUUGCAUACAUGUAUAUUAUUAUUAUACUUUUGAAAUCUAGUACAAAGUGUAGUAUACCUGUUCUACAGCCCUUAUGAACCACGCUUCCAUACAUCGAAAGAAACCCCUAAACAUGCUACAACAUAAGUACAGACUAAGAAGAGGGAAGUAACCCAGGCACUUGAGUGUAUUUUAAUUAUCGAAAAAGUGACAAAUCUAAGUGCUGCUGCCUGUUUGUUUAUAUUAAUCCCCCCUAGCGUUUUCCAUUGGGGUGGUUUAUUUACAUUAGUGAAUACAAUAAAAUAGAUGGUUUAUGAAUUUUUAGAUGACGGUAAUAAUAGAUGCAUUGAUAUAUA